UCGGCCGUCACGAAUAUGUUUGGGAUGUUCACGGCUGCCCAAGUGUUCAACCAACCGAUCGGCGGCUGGAACGUCUCCAAGGUCACUGAUAUGACUAAGACGUUCGACAGGGCCUUGGCGUUCAACCAAACGCUCGCCGACUGGCGGGUCGACAAGGUCACACGUAUGUACCAGAUGUUCGUAGAAGCCUCGUCCUUCAACCACCCGCUCAGCGCCUGGAGCGUCGACAAGGUCACGACUAUGUACGAGAUGUUCAAAGGC